UGCGAUUGCGAAUCUGAUCGGUCGGUGGGAACUGUCUGCGACGUGUACACCGGUCAAUGCCAGUGUAUGCAAGGCGCAGUUGGGGCUCGGUGCGACCAAUGCAUCGAGCAUUACGUGAACGUGCCGACACAUGGAUAUUGUGAUGAAUGCGUCGAUGUACUGCUGGUGAGCGUUCAGGAGAUGUCUCAACUCAUCGAUGGUUCAGAGGAGAAGUUAAAGAACCUGUCCACGUCACAGCUGUACUAUGAAAAACUGAACAAAUACAACAGUAGCGCAAGUUUUAUUAGGGAUAGUCUUCUCGCACUAACCACGUAUGCGGCAGAAUUGUUGCAGGAUAAUGUCGACAAGAACAACGUCAGCCGGAAAUACGAAAUUCGCGACGUAGUCAUUAAGGCAACAAGAUUACGAGACGAUUCCGUAUUGUUAAAAAACAACGCCGGUUCGUUGGCACAACGCGGACUUGCUGCAUACGGCAAGCUUCUAGACUUAGCGACAGAGCUGGGUAGUAAGUGA